AGACAGAAAGCGUGAAGCCAAGGACUAAAAUGCCAUCUAGUUCUCUACUUCAAUAAACGAUCAGGAGACGUGUGAAAGUCAUCAUUAAAACAUGUUAAAGUAAUGCACGGUGUAUCUUUUAGAUUAAUUGCUUAUAGCCCGGUCAUUUAAGAAUCAUGAUGAUGCAUUUCUUCUUCAGAAUCGGAAAGACGACAAACUGUGUGCAGCACAUAUUUAAACGUGUGCAUGCCAUAACGUUACCACAACAGAUGUCAGUUUUACAGACACAAACGAAUCUAUGUUGUGGGUCAAACUGGACAUUUUACCACACUCGCUCGUUUCAUACAGGAGUUCGUUUUUGUAGUAGAAACGAUGGACAGAAGGACACUGACAAGUCAGUUUCCAGAAGUCCAUACACACCUCCAAGCUCGUCUGCUGCACAGAAAGUUAAACAAGCCGGCAAAGAUUUCACUUAUUUGAUUGUGGUGCUCAUUGGACUCGGUGUAACAGGUGGACUGCUGUAUGUGGUCUUUCAAGAGCUGUUUUCUGCUUCAAGUCCAAGCAAAAUUUAUGGAAAAGCGUUUGAGAAGUGCAGAACUCACCCAGAGAUAAUCGGAGCUUUUGGAGAGCCUAUCAAGGGCUUUGGAGAGACCAGUCGGCGUGGCAGAAGGCAACAAGUCAGUCAUGUAGAGUACAUGAAGGGUGGAUUGAAGUACAUGCGGCUGAAAUUUUACGUUGAGGGAUCUGAACCAGGAUUACGGGGAAUUGUUCAUUCAGAAUCCAAGGAGAAUCCUGAGACUGGAAAGUAUGAAUUCCAGUAUAUUUUUGUAGAGAUUGACUCAUAUCCCAGGAGGACAGUGGUCAUUGAAGACAACAGAUUCAGUCAGUUUUAAGUGUUAAACACAUUAGGAAUUUCAAUGGUAGACAUGCAUUUAAAAGCUCUGAAGAACCUGAAUGUGUCGCUACUCGGAUUAAUAAAGCUUGGAUUUGUCAUGCUUGAAUUUUUUUUGUCUUGAUAAUCACAAGCUAAUUUAGACUAGUGGAAGUGGAUAUUUGGAGAGGGCUUGUACUGACGCAUCUUGUAUUUUGUACAAGGAUAUGCAAGAUUGUUUUAUAUAAUGUGUGGUUUGAAAUUAAGAUAAACGAUUUACAUAGAAAGUUUUUAAUUAAUGUAACUUGAAUACACAUUAAUAAAGCAAUACCUUUAUUGCAAA